AUGAAGUUCACAAUCGCUCUUGUUGCAGCUGUGCUGUGUGCCUCGGAAAUCCUUGCGCUUCCUGCCGGAUACGAAGCUCGGGGUUAUCAGAAGCACCCUGCACCAGUGCAAGCUUCAACCACGCUAGUGGAAUCGACCGCUUCUGCUUCCGUUACCACUUACGCUCCCCUUCCUGCAUCUACGGACGCUCCGCCCCCUGCGAGCAGCGAGGUACCUCCAGCUUCGUCAGCAGUCACACAACCGUAUCCUGCAUCCACGGACACUUCGUCUGCGGCAAGCAGUGACGUACAAUCCGCUUCAUCUGCAUCCACGCAGCCUAAUCCCUCUGCCACCUCCGAUGCCCCGGUCUCGCAGGCCCCCACCCCCGCGAUCUCUGACUCGUCAACUCUCACAGCGAGCUCUGCGUCUGUGGCUCCGCCCGCCUCGACAUCUAUCUCACCUUCCGCCCCACCUGCGAGCUCUGAGGCUCUAGUUUCUACGCAGCCUCCUGUCCCUUCGAGCUCAGCGGUCGCUCCUCCCCCAGCAUCCACUCAGACUCCAACGCCGCCCAUCGAUGAUUGCCCAGCUGCAUCCAAUUCUGUCCCCCUUCUUCGUGGAUUCGACGGUCUUGCGGGAGAUCACUUCUACACCACUGAUGCCAACGAAAUGAGCAAAGCCCACGGGUACGCGAAGGAAGCUCACGCUGGCAAGGUGUACCCCACCGCUGCGAAGAAUACGACGCCACUCUUCCGUAUGUUCAGCGGGCACGCAAAGGAUCAUUUCUAUACCACGUCGGAACAGGAGCGCGAUAACGCCGUUCAGAAGCUUGGUUAUCAGAGCGAGGGGGUCACUGGGCAUAUUUUCAAGACUCAGAUCUGUGGAAGUGUCCCGCUGCACAGGUUGUACAACCCCAGUGCCAAGAACCAUUUCUACACCACCUCCGAGCCAGAAGCAAACAACGCUGCUGUCGCACUUGGGUACGAAAGAGAAGGCGUUGCUGGUUUUAUCCUUCAGUAG